UCCAUAUUGUUUUUAUUUCUUGGUGAUAUUGAGAAAAAUGGAAAGGAAUAGGCGGUAUUUUCAAGUGAAACAACUAUGCGAGUGAGUGCUCAAAAAAGGAUAGACGCAGGGCAUGGUGAACUGCUUGCUUGAGGUAUUAUACAAUACUGUUGCAUUUCGAAAUGGUAUGACUCUUUGUAUUGUUUUUCUUAAAUUGAAGAAGCAUGUUGCUUUCUUAAAUUGAAGAAGCAUGUCGAAGAAUCAUUCAGUACAUCAUCUCAAUAUGGAAUGUCAUCUAAAAAAUGGAACUGUAUCUUUUUUGGGCAACAGUAUACAGGAACUAGAACAAGCACCUGAAGCGGGCAGCCGGGCUAGACUAGAGCGCGUGUUCUACAGCAACAAUGCCGGGCACGAAGCACUGGUGAAGAUGUGCGCAGACGAGCACAUGCAGCAGUGGAAGGUGCUUCACGGCGGUCGCCGUGUCGUCGGGUACAUCGGGCUCCCAAGCUACUGAGGUAGUACACAAUUUUGAUGCUUUAGAUUUCUAUCUAUGUAGCCUACAUCUUAGCAUUAUGUAUGUGUAGUCUCCGAGAGUAAGGAAUAUAUUGUCCGGUUCAGUCACGUGGUGUGUAUUGGUGUUUAGAAUUCAGGCAUGUACUCAUUGAUGCUGAAAUUGAAAUCUGAAAGGCUGGUGGAGGAUGGUGUGGAGAGUGUCGCCGAACGUGGGUCUGUCCGGCUGUCACUACUGCUGGAGUUGCAGCGCCGGUACACAGAGAUCAACAGGAAGGUGGCCAUCGCCAGGACCCUCUUGAGCCUCAUGCAGGAGGACAUGUACGUACUAACAUAAACAAGAUGACAGAUAAGUUCUCUGCUCUUCAGCUCAAAGUGAUGGAGGUGAAUGCGUUGUUCACCAUGAAGCAGAAUCACUCCUCCAAAGGUGAACUAAUUAGCUUACAUUGUCUUUUUUUUGUAGUUUAUUCAUGCCAAGUUCAACGGCCCUCUGAACUUAUCUACGAAAGAAGUUUCUGAACUCUAAGCUUGUGUGACUAACGCUGAAGUGAUCUAUUGUGGUAACUCCUUUUGAAUCUCCCAGACCUGUUAGGACAGCAAGGACAAGUGCACGAUGGUGCGCCGAAGC